AUGGGGCAACAGCAAGACGAGGUAGUAGUAUUACGGGGCGGGGCGGCGGCGGGGCAAGAUGGAGCAACAGCAAGGCGAGGUAGUAGUAUUAUGGGACGGGGCAGGGGCAGCGGCGGGACAAGAUGGGGCAACUGCAAGGGCGAGGUAGUAGUAUUACGGGACGGGACGGGGCGGGAGGGCAGCGGCGGGGGCAAGAUGGGGCAACAGCAAGGCGAGGUAGUAGUAUUACGGGACGGGGCGGGGCAGCGGCGGGGACAGAUGGGGCAACAGCAAGACGAGGUAGUAGUAUUACGGGACGGGGCGGGGCAGCGGCGGGGACAAGAUGGGGCAACUGCAAGGCGAGGUAGUAGUAUUACAGGACAGGGCGGGGCAGCAGCGGGGCAAGAUGGGGCAACAGCAAGGCGAGGUAGUAGUAUUACAGGACAGGGCAGGGGCUACAGCGGGAGCAAGAUGGGCAACAGCAAGGCGAGGUAG